AUAUUAUCAUUGGAUGAAUCAGGGGGCGUGGUGGGGAAUUUCCCGCAGGGCGGAAGCGCCAGAACUCCCGGCAAAACCCAGCUACAGGCGGGCCACUGCGAGGGGCCCCUGAGGUGGCGGGGGCUAUGGCUGGGGUCGCGUGCUUGGGAAAAGCUGCCGACGCAGAUGAAUGGUGCGACAGCGGCCUCGGCUCCCUGGGUCCGGACGCAGCGGCCCCCGGAGGACCGGGAUUGGGCGCGGAGCUGGGCCCGGGGCUGUCGUGGGCUCCCCUCGUCUUCGGCUACGUCACUGAGGAUGGGGACACGGCACUGCACUUGGCUGUGAUUCAUCAGCAUGAACCCUUCCUGGAUUUUCUUCUAGGCUUCUCAGCUGGUACUGAGUACAUGGACCUGCAGAAUGACCUAGGCCAGACGGCCCUGCACCUGGCAGCCAUCCUGGGGGAGGCAUCCACGGUGGAGAAGCUGUAUGCAGCAGGCGCCGGGCUGUGCGUGGCGGAGCGUAGGGGCCACACGGCGCUGCACCUGGCCUGCCGUGUGGGAACCCAGGCUCUUUACCCACGGGCCCCAGGCUUCGAACAACCCAGGCCUAGCACUUGCCAGCAAGCUCAGGCCAUCCGAGACAGGACCCAGGUACCUCUUUGCCAUACCCACGAAUUCAGGAACCAGCCCCCAAACCUGAUCACCCUCAGGCCACGCCACACCCCACUCCACGUGGCCGUUAUACACAAAGAUGUGGAGAUGGUUCGCCUGCUCCGAGAUGCUGGAGCUGACCUCGACAAACCGGAGCCCACGUGCGGCCGGAGCCCUCUGCACUUGGCAGUGGAGGCCCAGGCGGCCGAUGUGCUGGAGCUUCUCCUGAGGGCAGGCGCAAACCCUGUCGCCCGCAUGUACGGUGGCCGCACCCCACUGGGCAGUGCCAUGCUCCGGCCCAGCCCCAUCCUCGCCCGCCUCCUCCGUGCACACGGAGCCCCUGAGCCUGAGGGCGAGGACGACAAACCUGGCCCCUGCAGCAGCAGUAGCGACAGCGACAGCGGAGACGAGGGCGAUGAAUACGACGACAUUGUGGUUCACAGCGGCCGCAGCCAGACCCGGCUGCCUCCCACCCCAGCCUCAAAACCUCUUCCUGACGACCCCGGCCCCGUCUGAUUCAUUUCAUUGUUAAUAUAAUUUUCAAUUUAAUAAAUAAAACCCCCGUUCUGACAACCA